GACGUCAGGGGGCGACUGACCAAUAGGGAGGCGCUGCCCUUUGGAGCCGAACCAUUCGACUCGUGGCGUCUGCAUCAAGUCUGAAAGCAGACGCGCAACUUUCGCAGAAUCCACCUUAAAAUCUCUGCCUUAAACUGCACCAGCCCCCAAAAAAUCCAAGGGGGGAAGAGAGGGGGGAGAAAAGAGCAGACUCCCCCUCCCCCUCUCCUCUCCCAUCCCUCCCCCUUCCUCCUCCCUUUGGGUUAACAAGGCCCUGCUCACUAUAUCUCUUUAUAUUAAAUAUAUAUAUAUUAGAGAAGAGCGAGGAAGAGAACCACCUCCGCCCCCUCCUUUUUAAAUUUUUUUAAAAAAUUUUUUGCAAGGAUCCCGAGAGCUAAGGUGGCUGCAAAGGGGAGAGCGGCGCGAGCCAAGUGGGGGAGGGUGGAGGAAACCCGGGAGAAGGCUUUCUCCAGCCCCCAAAGUUUUGAUGAUGACCAUGACUACGAUGGCUGACGGCUUGGAAGGCCAGGACUCGUCCAAAUCCGCCUUCAUGGAGUUCGGGCAGCAGCAACAGCAACAGCAGCAGCAGCAGCAGCAGCAGCAACAGCAGCAGCAGCAGCAACAGCAGCAGCCGCCGCCGCCGCCACCGCCGCCGCCGCCGCAGCCGCACUCGCAGCAGACCUCCCCGGCCAUGGCAGGCGCGCACUACCCUCUGCACUGCUUGCACUCGGCCGCGGCGGCGGCGGCGGCGGCCGGCUCCCACCAUCACCACCACCAGCACCACCACCACGGCUCGCCCUACGCGUCGGGCGGAGGCAACUCCUACAACCACCGAUCGCUCGCCGCCUACCCCUACAUGAGCCACUCGCAGCACAGCCCUUACCUCCAGUCCUACCACAACAGCAGCGCGGCCGCCCAGACGCGCGGGGACGACACAGAUCAACAAAAAACUACAGUGAUCGAAAACGGGGAAAUCAGGUUCAACGGAAAGGGGAAAAAGAUUCGGAAGCCUCGGACCAUUUAUUCCAGCCUGCAGCUCCAGGCUUUAAACCAUCGCUUUCAGCAGACUCAAUACCUGGCCCUUCCCGAGAGAGCCGAACUGGCUGCUUCCUUAGGACUGACACAAACACAGGUGAAGAUAUGGUUUCAGAAUAAACGCUCUAAGUUUAAGAAACUGCUGAAGCAGGGCAGUAACCCCCAUGAGAGUGACCCUCUCCCAGGUUCAGCAGCCCUGUCACCACGCUCCCCAGCUCUGCCUCCAGUGUGGGACGUUUCUGCCUCCGCCAAGGGCGUCAGUAUGCCCCCCAACAGCUACAUGCCUGGGUAUUCGCACUGGUACUCUUCACCACACCAGGACACCAUGCAGAGACCACAAAUGAUGUGACUUGUCUGAGUGGACAGCCUCGGGGCUUCUGAAGGAAGCUCCGAGGAUCCAGGACUCACCUGCAUCUGCCAAACAGCCUAAAGGAUGAGCUCAGAGGAGCUAUGUCUGCGAUCUGGCUCUCUCUCUCUGUCUCUCUCUCCCUUUUCUCUUCCCCCUCCUUUUCUUUCCUUGUUUUCAUCCCUUUUAAUCUUUCUUCAUCUUUAUUUCUUUCCACCUUUUUUUCUUUUUUCCCUUCCCUCCCCUUCUGCAAUCUCCUCUCUUCAGUAACCUUAAUAAGUAAGUUUGUAUCAGAGAGAGAGAGAGAGAGAGAGAGAGAGAGAGAGAGAGAGAGAUUGGCUUCUGUGCCAGUGUUCUGGAAACCCAUCACUGUAAGGAUAUUUUCCAUCAAACCUUAGGAUCCAGGCCCUGAGCCUCUUCUUUGGGACUCUCCAUCAAAAUGACCGUUUUUUUGUUUUUGUUUUUUUUUUUGUCUGUUUUUGUUUUUAAACAGACAUUGUACACCCGCAGAACAAUCUGCACAAACAUGGCAGCAUUUUUACUUGUUUAAUGAGUUUAAGACAUUACGUGAUGAAAGACAAGGAUUUUGGACUCCUGAAUUUUUAUUUACCAAUCCACAACUGAGAGAAGCAGGAAAAAGAAGAAGAAGAAGAAGAAGAAGAAGAAGAAGAAGAAGAAGAAGAAGAAGAAGAAGAAGAAGAAGAAGAAGAAGAAGAAGAGCCCCCACUAUCCCUUUUCUAAAGAAAGAAGAAAAAUUGGCUGUCAAAUUAGAGCAUUGCCACAAAGGAAACGCUGCAUAUCUUAUCUAAAUGCAAUGACCAGGAACGAUGAUUCAACUAAAUACAAACAGUAACAGCAACAAGAAAGAUGCUUUUUGCAUAACCCACCUCUGAAUCAAGAACAACCAAGGAAACAACCAAAAUCACCAUUCUGUUGCUUUGACACCUUUCCCUAGGUGAAUAGUGGCAUUCACUAAGCUAAUAGGGACAUUUAUAUCAAGAAACAUUUCUGUAUAUAUUGUUGAAUUUUAGUUGUAUAUAUACUUUGUAUGUUUUUGUCUUCUUUCAUAUACGGAGUAAAAGCCACAAAAUGUU